GAAACACACCUACAAGUAAAGCCAUGGUUUGGAUUCCGAAACGAAUACCCGCGGCACAAACAUUGUUGAAGGGGAAAAAGAGGAAAGCAUAUCAUGAGGUGUCGCCCAUAGUACAAGAGAAACUUGUAGAACAACGAUUUGAAAAAAUGGAUUCACGUCACCAAAAGACAAUGAAACAAAGAGAAGAAAGUAAAAUAGAUUAUAAAAGAUAUCAAGAAAAGGCACAAUUGUUUAAUAAGACAUUUUCCAAAUUGGAAAAUAUAAAUAAUUUAUUCCCAGAGAAGGAAUAUAAACGAUUUGUUUCAUCAAGAAAAGAGUUAAUUCAAGAAUUGAAUGGAGGUACCAUACAGAAUGAACAACACCUUCUGUACUAUUCACCGAUUAGACACUCUAUAAUGUGUCUUAUUGUACAUUUUCUCAACACUAUUUUAGUUGAAAUUAAUCUUCGAAAGGAUUUAAUUCCUGAUGAUCCAGUUAAUAAUUUCUCACCUGGAAUCUUCCGUGACGAUAUUUUAAACCAAAUUAAAGAUAAAUCUAAAAAACGAGAAAUCAUUCAAAUUAUGGAUGCAUUCCAUGAUUCAUCAUCCACGGCAAUGAAGGAUCUUUUCAACCAUCAAACGAAAAUAUCUGAUCAUUUUAAUUCACUUGAAUUUUGGAGAUAUAAUUUUAUGAAUUAUAAAUCAGGACAAUAUUUAAACUAUGAUCAUUCAGAUACCAUGGCCAACAUCCAAGGGUUACAAUUUAUCAGAUAUGAAAGCACUGAAGUGAACGAUGAUGAGAUUCUUGCAAAAUUUGCCAAAUCAUUUCAAGAAUUUGAUUUAAAAAGACAAGAUGAUUCAUUACUGCAUCUUAAUUUAAUUGUAGAAAUCAUUAGUACAUUGUUUACAUGUACAAAAACAAUUCCAAGUGUAUUGAUAUUCAAAUAUUUAUUGGAUAAAUUUGGACAAAUGGAACUUUAUAAUUAUCAAAGUAUUGUGUAUGAUAACCUUCCAUCAUAUGAAACAUGUCUUACUAGUCUUGCAGACCCGAUAGAAUCCAAUAGACAUGCGCCUAGACUCUGCCACCAAUUAAUAGAUGUGAUAGAGUCCAAACCAGAGAUAUUGGAAUCAUUAAUUGAAUACCAAACUGUUAGAGGAGAUGUUAAGACAUUUAUGGAACUUUUAAGAUUCUAUCGAUUAAGAGAAGCUGCAGCAUACGAAAAAGCAUUACUGCGGACAACGUUAUCAGCUUUAGUUUCUAAAUCAAGAUUCCUGUCGAAUCGUAGUGCUUCCAUGGAGAAUGAAGAUUUCAUAUUCAAUAACCAACGUAGACCUUUAUUGGUUCCAAUAAGUACAAUUUAUCAAACCAUCAAUGCCUGUAUAGAAUUGAAACAAUUUGAAUAUAUUGAUUUACUUUUCAGUAAAUUAGUUUUGUUCAAUGUCAGAUAUAGGGAUCAAGAUGAAAGAUUUGUGGCACUUACAGUUGGAGCUCCAGAAACUGAUGAAGAUUAUUCAUUUUUAAUAUCAGAAAAUUUAACUCCUUCAGAAGUUGCUAAGGAGGUAAUAAAUAGAGAUUUAUUACUAUUAUUACUUCGUGCCUGUCGUGAGGGGAAAGAUUUAGGACGACUUUUAUGGAUGAUGCCAUACCUCGACCAAUAUAUCGAAGGGAAUAUGAUGGAGGCCAAACCGCACAUUGAGGUAAUUAAAAAGUAUUAUAAUGAGAGUUUAAUCCAUGGGAUAUAUAAUCUGGUAUCAAUAUUCGAGGAUUCAGAUUCUCAACAACCUAUCAAUUCCGAGUUUAUUAAUUCAUUAUAUGAAACUUUAGAAAUGUUUGGAAUUGAUGGGAAAAUUUAUAAAUAUGAUUCAUAUUUUGAAUUCAAGAAAACAAUACCAAAGAAGGUUAAGAGAAAUGAAGCGUGAAUGAAAUUUAUGAAGAAUGAACAGAAAUCAAUUAUUCUUGCAAGAAUUUUGAAAUUUAAUUACAAUAUGAAAACCUUGUUCCACAACCAAAGAUGAAAUUUUAUAUAGAACAUGUACAUAGAGAAAA